CUGUUUUAAUGUGUGUCUGUGUGUUUUAUGGAUAUACAGUAUAGCCCUUCCUUUCCCUCCUUGCAAAGGGAGAACCUCAGAAUUCCAAAGGUAAGUUCAAAAUGGGCAAGAUUUCAUAGACAGAGCAUCACAAUCUGCUUCAAUUCCAGGAUCGCCUGUAGUUCUUAUGCCUUUGCACACCUGCGAAGAGAAGGGUCAUCAAAUAGUUGGAAGGUUUCUGCAACGAAGAGAGAGAAAUGCCUUGUGGAAUUGAAAGAAGAGACUGUCAAGGUUUCCAAGAAAGAGGGAACAAUAGCCGGUGCUGUUGCUCUGAUAAUCGGAACGACUAUUGGUUCGGGGAUACUUGCUCUUCCACAGAAAACUGCCCCUGCGGGACUACUUCCAAGUUCAAUAUCUUUGACAAUAUGUUGGGCUUUUCUUCUAAUAGAAGCACUUUUGCUUGUUGAAAUCAAUGUGGGGCUUCUGAGAAAGAAGCAAAAGAGAGCAACAGAGAAUGAGCUAGAGGUCAUUUCCAUCAGAACCAUGGCCCAGGAGACACUAGGAGAAUGGGGUGGAACUCUUGCCACUGUGACCUAUGUGUUCUUGGGUUACACUUCCUUGAUUGCCUAUAGUUCCAAGUCUGGAGAGAUCCUUUACCAUUUGAUCAAUAUUCCAGAGUCCAUCUCGGGGUUUUUCUUUACUGCCCUCUUCACUAUUCUCAUUUCUGUUGGAGGGACUCGAGCAACUGAUCAAGUCAAUCAGUGGCUCACCACUUCCAUGAUAGGUUUACUACUAGCAAUUGAGGUUCUAGCUGUUGUGUUUGGAGGAUGGUCAGGCCUAGGGGGAAGUGGUGACUGGGGAAAAGUACCAGCUACGCUUCCAGUCAUGAUAUUUUGUUUGGUCUAUCAUGAUUUAGCACCUGUACUUUGUGCUUACCUGGGAGGUGAUCUUACACGAAUAAGGGCUUCGGUUUUGCUUGGUAGUGUUGUGCCAUUGCUAGCAUUGCUUGUUUGGAAUGCAAUAGCAAUUGGCCUCUCGGGUCAGGCUGACCAAGGGGCUGACCCUGUUGAAUUGCUUAUGGGGUAAUUCAAUCUCUGUUGUCUAUGAUAUUUAUCACUAUAUCAUAAUUUGUAAGGGUAAAUCCUGGUCAUUUGAUGAAUGGUUGAAUUCAAAGAUCCAAAAAAAGGGAAGCCAAGAAUGUGAUCUUACCUCUUGCCUUCUUUAGCUGAGGGUCAGGUGAAAUUCCUUGGGUUGGAAGAACUAAUUACACAACUAGUAGGGUUUAUGCACCAUUUUCUACCAAACAUUGAAUUUCUGGGUUAAACAGCUUUGGCGAUUCUAUUUCUACCAUUAGUUCUUCAUGUUAGAGUAGUUAGAAUAUUUAGUCUUAAGGGUAGUUUAGUCCUUUCGUUCUUUUAUGUUGCCCUACUAUAUAAGGGCCUUUUAUAUGCAUUUUUCUAUUAAGCUGUAAUACAAAUAUUCUCUAUUGUCUUUUUCUCUUUACUUUUAUCAAAGUUUACAUGGUAUCAGAGCGGGUUUCGACCCAAACACGAUCAACAACAUAUUAGGUUCAUCGGAGGAAAUUUAGAAUUUGAACUAGGGCUAAUGUCAUCAAUGCAGGUGAUGGCUUCGGUACCCGAAGGUUACAAGACACACCAUCUGGUCGACUGCAUGUGGGUUCAACAUGGUGUGAUUUUGUUUUGAUUUGAUGUCCGUCUGAUAAGGUUUCUGAUUUUUCAAAAAUUUAUUAAGAAAAUGGGCCGAAAACUUCGAUCUCGAAUUUCUUCAAUUUUUGAUUAAAUUUUUUGCUCCAAAUUCCUUAUGUGGUGCGAAUUUGCCUCCUUGGUGUUCGAUUGGAUGUUUUGAAGCAUUUCAAACUAGUUUUUGAUGCAAAGGAAUGAGAUUUUUGGCUGAUUUCCUCCAUCGGUAAACACUGUAGCGACUGGUUUGCCACUUAUCCUUUGGCUUCUGCCUUCUGUUACUCACGCCAUCUUCCUACUUUGUUUGCUGCUGCUCUUUGAUCUGUUAAUUGCUGGUUUGUUGGUUGUGGGUGUAUCUUUGUGUGGCUGGUUGCGAGGUGUCAAUGAUUGGUGGUCUCGCUGGUUGUGAGCUUGUGCAGAAUUUUAGCUUCGGUUAUUG